GACAGAGAGCCAGAGAUAUUCAAACCCCACACAACAACAUAUCCAAGACAUUUUCCCUUCCUCUAUCGUCUGCUCCCUUCGCUCGCUCAAAGAAAGUUGAAGCAAAGCAAGUGCUCCAGAACAAGAUAAAUCUCCCACCUUCGUUUCUGAAGUUUUCUUCAAUCAAAAUUUUCUUUUUCAAGCUGCAAAAGAUGAGAGCUUUCCCUGCAAUCCGCUCUGUGGGCCUCACUUAUCCCUCUAGAGUUCUGUUCAUACCUAGGACUCAACUUUCUCUUCCGAGGAAAUUCUUCUCUUGCCAAGCUAAGUUUGCUGAUUCUGGGGUAGACGGAUCAUUCAGCUCAAGAGUAGUGCCUCCAACCCUAGUGGCAGCAGAAAAAGAAGAAGCCAAGGCUGUCUUAACCUUGUUCUUGAAGAAACAAGGUUUAAGCAAUGCAGUUGCUGCUAGAACUAUCAAAAAGUCGGACCUGUUCAUUGACCACCUUGUCUCAAAGCUUCAUUCAGUUCAUAAAUCUCGGUAUCUAGUAGGACGAGAGCUCACAACUCUAGAAAUAAGGGAUGCUCUUAUUCCAUACCUAGAAUCUCUCCUUGAAGACCACAGAAGUGUUCUGGUAGAUUUUGUGGAGAACUUUCCUAACCCAUCUAUUAAAGGAAAACCAGUUCAACCUCUAUCUCCACCCAAUAUAACACUUGAUUCCAAGAAGCUGAAAGCUUUGUCUAGAGUAAGUGAGACAGGCCCUGCUGGGAAGCUUCCCCCUCGUACUCUGUAUCUUAUAGACCUUGGCAUGAAUCUUGAACAGAUCAAGGGAAUCACGCGGAGAUUCCCUGCUUUUGCUUACUACAGCUUGGAGGGAAAAAUUAAGCCAUUAGUUGAGUUCCUUCUUGAUCUUGGUGUACCUAAAUCAGACCUUCCAACCAUCCUUGUCAAAAGGCCUCAACUUUGUGGAAUCAGUCUCUCUGAAAAUCUCAUACCCACUAUGACAUUCUUAGAAAAUUUGGGCGUGGAUAAGAGAAAAUGGGCUAAAGUUAUAUACCGUUUUCCAGCACUUCUUACUUAUAGCAGGCAAAAGGUUGAAGUGACUGUAGAUUUCCUUUGUGAGAUGGGUCUCUCGGCAGAGAGCAUUGGUAAGAUUCUAACACGUUGCCCAAACAUUAUAAGUUACAGUGUGGAGGACAAACUACGGCCAACGGCUGAAUAUUUCCGUUCAUUGGGAGUUGAUGUUGCUGUUCUUCUCCACCGAUGUCCACAGACUUUUGGCCUCAGUAUUGAAUCCAAUUUGAAGCCUGUGACAGAAUUUUUCUUUGGAAGGGGGUACAGUAUACAGGAAGUUGGGACUAUGAUUACAAGAUAUGGAGCAUUAUAUACUUUUAGCUUGGUAGAGAACUUGAUACCAAAGUGGGAAUUCUUUUUGACCAUGGAUUAUUCAAAAGAAGAGCUUGUUAAAUUCCCUCAAUAUUUUGGCUACAGUUUGGAAGAGAGGAUAAAACCUAGGUAUGCACUAGUGAAGGUGUCUGGAGUCAAACUGCUGUUGAACCAGGUGUUAUCAUUAUCAUAUUCUGACUUUGAUAAGGCUUUGAAAAAGAAAAUGAAGAGAAUGCUUUCUGAGAAGGCCUCAAAUGAUAUCAACAGUGGUGAAGAUCUUAACAAGGAAUUAAACAGUGACAAUUCAUGGUGAUAGAAUAAUAAUUGAGGGUGUCUAUCAUGGAAAACACGCCAUGGUGGUAUAAUUGCCUGGUCAAAACAAUAUUGAUGCUCUUAAUGGGAAUUAGAGGUGGAUGUGUUCUUUUGAUGAAAAUAUGAAUGCACAGCUGCAUUUGCAAGAUGGGGCAUGUCUACUACAUUCACAGCUGGUUAAACGCCCUCAAAACAGGCAUGUCACUUUUAGAGUAAGCUUUAAUCACUUGGAUUUGCAGAACACAGGCAUGGCUUGUUAGGAUGAAAGUAUUCAAGUUCAGAACUAGGUGCUUUGGUGCAAGAUGGCGCAUGUAAGAGUAAUGGAGAGGCAUCUAACAUGUCUACUCAUACUGGUAAAUUACAACGCUACAUUUAGGCUACAGCAUUGUUUCUGACGAUUUUUGAGAUUUAUAGGAAUAGAAUGAAUCCAAUUUUUGGUUUACUCUGCUAUUGGAACAAACCUGUAUCCAUUUCCAUACAAUGACAUAAUUCUGUUGCUCCUCUGCUAUUAGUAAGUUUGGUACUCUCCUUGUAUUUCAAAUGUUUGAGAGUUACAUGUCAAUUUCCUUUGUAUUAAAGAUGGAUUUUUGCUGAGGGAAAGCAAUGCAAUACCCAAAGCACAA